CUACUGCGUAGAAUUAAUAGAACUUUUUCACACACAAGCCUUGAGAUAUCAGCUCUCAAGACAUAUAAUGGUUAUGCGGCUUAAGUGUGAAGUUGGUUUCGAAAAAACGUAAUUAAGUCCUCUGACGGGAAAAAACGAAAUGACUUUCCGAAGAACCUUAUACUUUAUAAAAAGUUCUAGUGUUCUUAGAUUGAACAAAGCGAAUAGGUAAAAAUAUCAUGUAUAAUGUACCAACUAGAGAAAUGAUGCAAACUAUAGUUGUAUAUUAAAAGCAUACACCAACAAACAGAUCAAGCAAAGCAAAAGAGUAAAAUAAGCUAGCAGAUCAUAUAUCAUAGCUUCUUUUGUGCACGCUUACCAAAUAAAAUUUAUAAAUUACAAAUGCCAACAAUUCAGAAACUGUCUAAUAUAGUCGUUUUAACCUCGACGAAAGAAUAACAUACAUUCCAAAAUGUCGACCAACAACAAAUUGAAUUUUUUUCACAAUUGGAAUUACAUCUCAAGAUGUCUUGGGUAUCUUCUGACAGUGUAUUUCAUAGAUUUGAAGAUUUGAAGCGGUAAAUAGCAAGUCGUUUAGUGUGAUUGACGAUCUUUCCGACUGACCAGGCAACAAUGUUGUUUCAGUAGAACCAAAUAACCACGUAAAAAGAAAUCUCAACUUUGGCAACCUUGUUUGAGGUAGAUAAAAACUUCAUCCACCAAAUGAAUAAAUUAUAAUUUCUAAAAAAAAAAUCUAAAUAUUCCAAUAAAGUCCGACUGGCACACCAGCCUCUAUAAUAAUAGUUUGGUUUGCAAGCAUAAAUCGCAAAAAAGCACGAACUCUGUCAUUCGGAUAAUUACAGGGCAUGUGCGGUUUUCGUGGGCGGGGAAAUAUAUCGGAAUAUCGCCUUUUAUUUACGCCCCUGUGGAAAGGGGUGGUUUUGGCCUUUAUAAGGAACUGUUUGAAUUCUCGUCGCCACUGAGACCGUAGUUAUAAGCCCGAUGGCAACUAUAGCAAAAUCCAAAUCGAUUUUGUCUUUUUCUAAAAUUCUUCUGAUAAUUGCCGGGUUGUGGAAACUGAAGCUACCCGUUAAACAUCCCAUAGCCAUCAUAGUUUACGCAUUGUAUUCGACUUUCAUCACCGUCUACUUCGCAACUCUGGCUCUCUCGAUGACUGUCCAGUUCGGGAUAACAAUGGCGACAAAAUUUGCAGGUCCCGAUACCUUCAAGCAACUUUCUUUCGUCAUAGUCUUGAUAGUAACGUACUAUAUAACUCUCGUCAUCCGAAGCCGUAGCUUCACCGACCUCGUAGCUCGCGUUGAAAUAGAAGAGAUGAGACUGAUGCUUUUAGAAGAUGACGAGAUGUUGCUCUCCCACUUGAAAGAAAUCCGUUUCAGCAAUGUUGUGAGUACCACUUUCCUGGUACUGACGAUUGUCACGGGAGCCACUCUCAUCUGGGAGAAUUUCUGGUCCAACAUGAAAGUGGUCACCUACAACAGGGUACAUAACGCGUCUCUAGAAAGACCGAUUCUCUUCGACUUGUAUUACUUUAAUGUGAACAAGCACAAACACGAGAAUUUUGUUUUGAUGGUUACCGAAGUUGUGAUGGCCUUUAACACGAUCGUUGUAGUCUCGACGAAAGGGAUCGUCUAUGCUUGCAUAACCUUCGCCGUUUCAGCCCUCAAGUGUCUCCAGAUCAGGUUCCGAAAACUAGGUAUACGACAAGACCGCGCGUUGGCAGAUUUGAAACUACAUGUAGUGGAACAUUAUCGGAUAAUGGAAUUUAUAACGAAUUUAAACGGGGUUAUCAAAAAUUUGCUUCUGCUCGAAUAUUUCCUGAACUCACUGAACUUAGCGGCAGUCUCAGUUCAGUUCCUAACGUACGAUCCAAAAAUGCUAUUAGCACCGGCAUGCUACUUGUGCUUCGUGUUGAUCCAGGUAUUUAUUUUGGGUCUGACCACUGACGAAAUAAAAGUCCAGAGUCUCGCUUUGUCGGAGGCCCUGUAUGAUAGCCCGUGGCAUAACCAAAACGAGGAGGUUAAGAAAAUGAUAUUGACCGUUUUGACUAGAACUCGGAGACCGCUCGAGCUGACCAUAGGUCCUUUCAAUCCCAUGACGAUGCAGUCUGCAUUGGCUAUUUUGAAAGCAUCGUAUUCUUACGUCAGUUUGAUGGCUCAAAAUUCACAAUAAGCUUCUUUGUUAUUCUAGUAAAUUAAAGCAUAUAGGACAGACAAUUUCAAUGGUACCUGAUUGACAUUUACUUUGAAAUUGGGACCGGUUUUCGAGGCCGUUUUUUAUGUGUUUUAAUGAAAAUGAUAUAGUUAUUGGAAGCAAAUAUAGUAUACCUUUAUUUAGUUA